AUGUUUCCAAUCAAGCUUUGACAAGCAAUCGGAAAAUAAAAUUACUAGACUAUAGUUACGCCGGUAAGAUUAGCUUUCAAGCUAUUAAAAUGGGUUGCAUAUUUUCUUGCUUUAAAAAGAGUAAUGGACAAAUGCCAUUAGAAGAAACCGCAGAUGAACCAAAAGUGUAUUCAUGGGAUAAAAGAGACAGGUCCAAUGUCAAUGAUUUUAUUAUAGAUGGCAAAAAAGGAGAAACUGUGGUAAAAAAAGCUGGUGAUGUCAAUGGCGAACAAAUAGUUAUACAGAACUGCCAGGACUCAAAUAUUUAUGUGUUUGAUCAUAUAGCAACUGUAAGCGUUGAUGAUUGUAUCAACUGUAAUAUAUUCCUGGGACCAAUCAAAGCAAGUGUUUUUAUCAGAGAUUGCAAGCAGUGUAAAAUAGUGGUGGCCUGUCAGCAAUAUCGUACUCGUGACUGUUUUCAGAUAGAAACAUACCUGUUGUGUGGUACACAACCUAUCAUUGAGUCUUCUAGUCGUAUGAAGUUUGCAUGUUUCAUGUUCUAUUACACACAGCUAGAAAGUCAGUUCAAGUCUGCUGGCCUCAGCAUUUUUAACAAUAAUUGGUCAAACAUCCAUGACUUCACACCUGUGCCUGGGGAGGAGAGUAAUUUCUCUUACACUGAUGCAAAACUUGCAGACUUUUUCCCUGUGCCAAAGGGGGAAGACUAUGAUGCUAUGCAGAUAAGCUUAGAUGAGGACAAGAGUGUGAUACCCAUCACUUGGGGAAAACGAAGAAAAAUUAGUAGUGAGUCUUGUUUGAUUGUAUUCUUCAAUGAUGGAGGAUCUAAUGACCGUGCAGUAAAGCUGAUUCAUACAGUAAAAACACAUAAUCCCCAUUGUAUAUUAGUGCAAACAAAGGAAGUAACAAUGGGACCAGAAGAUUCUAAAAGAGUGUUUGGCACUGAAUCGUAUGCCAAAGCUGUACAACAGGGUCAUGUGAUUGGUUUGGAAAUCAAUGGUGAUGGCUGCGUUGCACUGUGUCAGUCAAUAGUUACAGAACUAAUGAAAGGAACAACUGGCCUUGUUUUUGUUAGUCAGUCUCCCAGUGUGGCGGAAUCGCAAAUAGAAAACUUUUACAACUUUGCAGAUAUGCAGAUGGGGAUCUAAAAAUAAUUCAGGUGUUGUUGAUGAACUUGUUUCGUCAACUGUCUAAUUACAAGUGAUUUCCAUAGUUUUUGAUGGAUGCUAGAGCUGUGUUUAUGAUUCCAAUAUGAAUGAGGGUUGGGUUUUUUAAACAAAGGUUUCUUAAUUAUAUAUGUAGAUCUGAAAAAUACAAAAUGUAUUUCCCAAAAAUCACAACAAACAAAAGUGCAAUAUUAAAAAUGUCUAUUAUAAGUUUGUUUUUUAUAUAAGUAUGUUAUAUGUAAGGUUUAUUUUCAACAAGCCUAGAUCAAACCAGUUACAAGCAACUGUAAAAAAAUAAUUUAGUUAUUUGUAUAGUUUAAUUCCUUUUUUAUUAUUUCAAAAGACACCCUGGAUCGUAUUAACCUGACUGGUGGUUCAAAUAUAUAUAUUCAGCCAGUGCAUGAUGAUGUUUCUUGAUUGUCUCAUCAAGUAACUUUUGUUUCUCUCCACUCUGAUAAAAACCUCCACUUGGUUAUUAUAAACAGGUUUUGUCAAUAUUUUGGUACAUAUACAAGUGUGACCAGUUAAACAAAACUCAAGUAAUUUGAACAUUUGUAUGUCACCACUAACUGCUUUUUUUUUUUCAAAUUAAUUUUUUUAAACAGCAUUCGGUGUUUUUGAUUCAUUUGCUCUUCCUACAUAUAGGCAUUUUCCUCUAAAUAAUUUUGAAAAAUAUGUAUAACUGUAUAUUUUUUCAAUACUAUAUAAUGUGUAACUUUCUCAGCUAUAAAUAACAACAACAAAUUAAGUUUUAAAUUGCUGAGCACUGACAAUUUAUCAUUUAAUGUAUAUUUGGUAAGUUAGAACGUCUGAAUGUAUUAUUCUAAAUUUGCAUAAUGUUUAAAUCUAAUUUUAUUGGUGUAAUGUAUUAUAGGUUUUUUCCUGUAAAAAUUGAAUAUUUGCUAAAUAAAAAUUUCUUACUUUAGAUCUUAUUUUUGUAUACACAUUAAUUUAAAUGAACCAUUUGUUAUUUUCCACUCUUAAGUGGAAACUUUUAUAUAUUUACCUCUAUAAUUGAUCAAAAGCUUAAGUAUCUUUUUUUUCUGUGAUUUGUUUUUUGCUUGAGGAUUUUUAUAAAAUAUGUAAUUAUUAAGGAAUUCGUAUUCCCUCCCAGUUACUCAAUUUCUUAAUUGUGGUUAAAAGUUUAUUUUUAUUUAUAGUUCAUGUGUUAUUGAUUUUUUUGUUUGAUCAAUUUGUUAAUUAAGUUCCUGUUUACAUUGUUGGAGUACUUAAUUGCUGCUCAUUGGCCUGUAUUUGAUAGCAAAUUUAUACAAAUAAGAAGUGGUAAUGAUGCUAUAAUUAGUGUUGUGAAUAAAAUAUUUUUUGCAGUACAGAAAACAAAUCUUGUUAACAGUCAAUACAUGUGUUGUUAAUUCUUACGAGCCGACCCGCAGCGUAUCAUAUGCCGCUAUUUAGUUGUUUUAUUUUCUACUUUUCAUUAAUUCAUAAUUUGUGAAUUCAACAGUGCCAA